GAAGCAAAGCUGCAAAAGGGUGCAACAGAAUAUUCUGGGAAGUGGCUCCUGUUCUGUUUCUCAGCAUACUGGGAGAGUCUUCUAGCUACAAACCUGUUCUUCUUUUUUACUGAUCCAUGUACUCCUUAUCAACUCAUGUUUAUAUAUUGAUAGUUCUGCAAAUGUUUCAUGUGGUAUAUGCAGGUCUGUUUGAAAUCAUUCCACCCCCAAACCCUGUCAUUGGGUUUCUUGGAGAAGACAUAAUCCUGCCAUGCCAGCUAACAACUUCCAAUGUACCUGAAGGCACUGUCCACUGGACCUUUGACAGUUCCUCAGAAAAAAUUGAUGUCAUGUCCCAUGAUGGAAGAAAGAAGGUGGAAACGCAGGACAAGAGAUACCAAGGUCGAACAGAGCUCUUCCACUCUGAGCUUAGAAAAGGGAACAUGUCCUUGAAUUUGAAAAAUAGCCAGCUCUCUGACCAGGGACAAUACACUUGCAUGAUCAGCCUUGGAGACUGGUAUGACCUGGCAGUCAUUCAACUGAAUAUGAUAGCAAAAGGAGAAGAGCCCUCCAUUUCCUUGGAGCAUUAUGAGGGCAAUGGUAUUGGCCUCACUUGCAGCUCUAAGGGUUGGUAUCCAAAAUCUCAGACUGUCUGGCUGGACAGCAAAGGGAAAAAAAUCGAACUGAAAUCCCGAUACCACAACCACAGAGACCCCAGCUGGGACCUUUAG